AUGGCGCCUCUUGUAGAUAUGCUAAGAAUGGUUGAUUACGAAAGAAAACCCGCAAUGAGUUACACAUAUGCCGCAAUUGGGGUAGCCAAAGAAUCAAUUGAAAAAGCUUUUAAUUCAAAUUCAAGCAAGUAUAAAGCCAUAUUUGACAUCAUUGAUAAAAGAUGGGAGUGUCAACUUCAUCAUCCAUUACAUUCUGCAGGUUACUAUCUUAAUCCUGAAUAUUAUUAUGAGAAACCAGAAAUUGAGAAUGAUCUUAAAUUGGUGAGAGGCCUCCGUAAAUGCAUUGAGACACUUAGUGAAAGUGAUGAAGUGGAAGACAAAAUUUCAGUCCAAUUGGCACAGUACAAGGGUGCUACAGGUGUCUUUGGUAUAAGAGCGAUAAUUAGACAAAGGAUGACAUUAGCUCCAGCUGAAUGGUGGAAGUCUUAUGGAGCUGAAAGUCCUGAUUUGCAAUUGUUUGCUGUUAAAAUUCAUUCCAAUAAGCGAAAUAAGUUGGAGCAUCAAAGGUUGCAAGACUUCAUAAAGUAUAACCAAGCAUUGGUUGAAAGAUUUGAAAUUUGGGACAAGAUUCAUCCUAUGGAAUUUGGUGAAAUUAAUUAUCACACUCAAUGGUUGGUGGAAGAGAUGGGAGAGAUGGGAGAAGAUGGUGAACCUUUACAAGUCGAUUUGGUUCAUGAAGAUGAUGAUUUAACUUGGGCACAAGUUACCGAAGCAAGUGGGGGUUAA